AUGUCGUCCGAGAAAGAUGCUACGGUCUCGGACUCGAGCAGAGCUUCCCCUAGUGAGAAGACAGAGGCCGAUGUCCGAGCCACCUCGUCUGGCAGCGAAUCUCCUCAUGAUUCUCGUGUGAUAGAUGUGCGCGACACCGAUGAUACAACGUGCUUUUACAACACAAACAAGGACAAGGUCAGACCUUUGACUCCAGAGGCUGAGGGAAGACUGGUCCGCAAGAACUUCUGGUGCCUUCUAAGCCAAACAUGGUGGAUCUCCUUCCUUAUUCACCUUCGACAAGUCGACUCUGUUUCAAGCUAG